CUUAACAGGGAGGAAUGAAUAAUUAAAUCGUCAUUCCGUUUUACGAGGGUCAUGAUAGCAGCAAGUACGCAUUAUUUACGAGCGUCAUUCCGAUAAAUUUUUAUGGCUGAAAGGAAGUAGGAGUAUACACGUCAACUUCAAUCAUUUAACAAACUUUACUGCCAUUCUUCGCUUGUCAGUCGUACAUACAGUUGUUUAAUAUCGAUGCCAUUUUUCAUUUUACUAUGAACAAAACGACGAUAGAAAAAAAGUAUCUGAAAGUAGUGAAGACAUGCAGUAUGAUCGCUGGAAUUUGGUCUGAUCAGAGUAAAGUUUCGAAACUGUUCACACGAAUAAUUAUAUAUAUCAUUAGUGUGUUAUCUCUUGUUACACAGAUGGCAAACGUAAUAUGUUUCUUUAGUCUAAAUACCCUAAUACAGCAGGUAUGUUUUUUUAAUGCGGUAGUCGGGGCACUGAUAAAGCAAGGGAAUUACAUUAUCAACGCUGCAGAGUACAAGAUGUUAUUUAACGCUGUUUGGAAGGAUUGGUCAACCGAUAGACUAAAUGAUGAAUUGGAUAUUAUGAUCGAGUAUGCCAAAAAGGGAGCAUUCUUUUCCUGGUUAUAUUUCGGAGUUUGCAUUUGCUGUGCUAUAAGUUUUCUUCAAUUAUCUUUAACGCCAUUUGUUUUGGAUAUAAUUUCACCAAUGAACGAAACGCGAGAUUUAUUGUACAUUUUUCCAGCUUACUAUUAUGUCAAUGACCAAAUGCAUCGUACGUUUAUAAGCUUCCAUAUGAUGUGUACGAUUAUUUCAACAUGUCUCGUGUAUAUUGGAUGCGAUACGAGUUACAUGUACAUUGUGCAACACGCUUGUGGUCAGUUAGCAGUGGCUAGACAUCGUUUCAAGAAUGCGAUUUUUGAUUUUUCUAUUGUCAGUGAAACGAGUGUUGUGCAGGAUAAGAUUUACGAAAGAGUGGUUCAUUCGAUUCGAGGACAUCAAUAUGCUACAAAGUCAGUACUACAAUUGCCAAAAUAUUUCUUAGCUAACUAUUUUUAGCUUAUUUCUUAUUCCCUUUAAACAUAUUCCCAAUAAUCUUAUUUUUUAA